AUGCAGACCGGCGGGCCCACCGAUAAGAUAGGAGGUGCCAAACUCUGUUUUGUGCGGGUGAGAGGCCAGGGAGAGAUUCAGCACAGGGACCAAGGCAACACGACUGGAUCGAAGAAUAGAUUCAAUGGACUAGAAGAUCCUAGGACGGAACUACUGCACGAACAAAUAGACUACUCCGUAUUGCAGCCGUUCGGCCCAAAGGAAUCCCCCACCUGA